ACUGCAGAAUCAUGAGGAACCUCCCGAUUUUCGUUGUUCUUUUCAUGGCCAUCUUCAUUGUUUCAGGUGCGAGAGAGAUGAGAAAGAAUCAGGAGAAAAAAUUUUGUCCCAUAUUCUGGCCAAUGGUUCCAUGCGAUGCUAAAAAAUGCGAGACAAUGUGUUUUGAAUAUUACGGUCCACCUGUUUCUGCUUACUGUGAUCAACCUGGAUCCUCUAACGCUGCAUGCGUCUGUCGUCUUACAGACUGUUAAUGAUGAUGCAAAAGGUAUUUUGGUUUAUUAAUAUGGCAAUUUGUGUGUAUUUAUUAUGAACCCAAGAAUAAGUCAUUUAACGACCGUUACUUUGUUUUAAGAAUGCAACUAGAUUUUAACACCGUGCGUUCACAUGGGAAUGUUUUAUUUUUUAUUUCUAAUAUAAGUUAUAUUUAUAUUUUUUGUUUAGAUAUAAAUUAUUUUUGUUAUUUAUUUUUUUAAAUCAAAAAAUUAUUAUCAUAUUUUAA